CCAUAGAAACCGGACAUUACACGCUUGCUUCAUAACAAAAGCCGCAAUGCAAACAGCUGACGCAGGCGCGGCCUCACGACACCACCAAAACAAUCGAUAACAACCACGGGGACAGAAACGCUUCAAUCGCCGGUGACACCAUACAGAGACGCGUACUAAAAAACGUAACAAUUCACAAUAAUGGCGUCUGGAAUAGAUACGCAAUACCAAGGCCCUAUUUCGGCAUUUAACACACAGUCUGUUGAUAGUCGAACCCGUUUUCUAACUGAGAUCGGAGACGGAUAUGUAACACAAAGUUUCGCACGGAAUUUAGAAUCAUUUUAUAAUAAGGCUAGCGAACAGGAUCGCAAACGCUGUUUGCAUCUCCUGGCAUCAUUAGCAUUAGGAGAAGGAAUAAAUAAAUCGACAAAGAAAGAAGAUAAAAAGUUACGAAGACCCAAAACCGCUGGGCCUUCGUUUGGUGGACAUUCUAGUAAUUGGAGUAGCCAGCAGGAACGACCAAAGUCAAGUAUACCAAAGAAGACACCAACAACGUAUCGUACUAAAUACCCCGCCAAAGAAAUAACAAGAACUAAACCGAUUAUACCCCCUUCAACAGACGACAUGUAUCGGCCAACGCAUGAUCUAAGAGCGAAGGUUGGCGACUCGACGUAUUCGAGCGAGUUCUGUAAUAAAGGAUAUAAACGCCAGGUUGUCAUUCCUUCGGGAUCGGCGUCUGGAACUAGAAGGAAUAAUCCCCAUCCGUUUCAGUCUUUCAUUGUUUGGAAAUUUCCAAAAAACACGAAGAGUGAUCAACAAUCGUAUUCAAGACCCCUUACAGACCGUAUGAUGGACGAAGUCUUGGCAGACAAGUGUAGUUCAACUUAUCAAAACGACUAUCUAGGAAUACCACAAGGUUUUCAGAUGAAAUCUGCUUUUGACGAGGUACCAGAUGAACAGAAGCCACAGUUCACUCUAGAUUCUACAAUGCGAUUCUCCUAUCAAUAUCCACAAACGAAGGAUGAGUUAAAAGCAAAUAUUAGUAAUAAAUACGGAUGCUAUAAGAACCUACGCCAGCCCGCGACUGGUAUUGUUCCAACCGCGGCCAACGAUCAGAUGAACAUGCGUACAUUUACCUCGUACGACCAGUUCUUUAACAGGCCGUACAAACCCGGUCAAGCCGAAAUAUAUGAAGCUGUAAGAACCGGCAAGAUGGAUGAAUAUAUGCGACUGGCAAACGAUAAAGAGCGAGAUGUACUAACCAAGAUGCUAGACGACCACGAACGCCGACCUCGAACGCCAAGUCCGAAAUAUCACCCGCGUCCUCCAUCUGUCCGGUCAAGUCAGCCGUCAAAUAAUCUGACCUUUAUAUCCGGUUGGACGGGUCCCAUGUAGACCUUCAGAAUUUGGUGCAAUAACCUGUCACGUGAUUUUGAUACCAAAUCGUUGAGUAUUUCAACUGGAUUUAGUUUUGUCAAAAUAAAUUAUGAUAGAUAGUAUGAACUCAGCUAUACAUUGUGAGAGGUAUUUUUAAUAUGAUCAUCCAACGUGUUAAUGUUUAAUGGCAAAAAAAAAGUGUAUUGAGAUGCGAAUUAUGCAUAGGCCUACCUAUUUUUGUAGUUUAAUUUUCCAGUGUCUUAGAGGCGUCAUAAAGCAUAGCGUCGGAGUCGUAUAGGCCUAUAUGCACGUAGAUGUAUUGUAGACACAGUGGAGGGUAAACUUUUUUCUCGCCUUUUUGGCUCCAGCAUAAUGUACCAAGCCUCGCCCUUCAAUAUUGUUCACACCAAUCGGCGCGAUUUCCGGAGCGCUCUGCCCGGCAACGGAAACCGUGCUUGGUGUUAAAGUAGGCCUAGCUUUGUCCCACAAAACAUGUAAAUCGUAAAUGUACGUAAGCCUGGUUCUCACGAGAGCCCUAGUAUCCGGAUCAGGAACUAACCGUUAGCGCUAACCGUUAGCACCUGCAUGAGAACGCCCGAUCGGUUAGUGCUAACUGGUAGCAGUAUCCGGAU